AUCAUGGCCAACCCUGUCAGAAAAGACGAUGAGAACAUUGAAACAAUCAAUGACACAGCAGAGGAGGAGGAGGCGGGGAAGAUACGAAAGGUAACGAGCGCUGGCGAAGACCCGUUUGGGAAUGAGGAGGGCGCUGGCAUCAAGUACAAGACCAUGACCUGGUGUCAGACGGCGUUUGUAAUGAUCGCCGAGACGGUCUCCCUAGGAAUCCUGAGCCUACCGAGUACCUUGAAGGCGGUUGGAUUGAUACCCGGCAUCAUUCUACUGGUCGGCCUAGGAAUCCUCGCAACAUACACCGGAUAUGUUCUUGGCCAGUUCAAACUACGAUACCCACAGGUCCACACUUUCGCGGAAGCGGGAGGCAUUAUUGCUGGACGAUGGGGAUAUGAGAUCUUCGCACUGGGACAGCUACUUUUUCUAGUGUUCGUCAUGGGCGCCCACAUCCUCAGUUUCUCCAUCAUGAUGAACGUGCUCACCGAUCACGCCACCUGCACAAUCUGGUUCACGAUUGCGGGUUUCGCCAUCUCAUUGAUCUGCACAUUGCCCAGGACCAUGAAGGCGAUGUCGUACAUGUCCUACCUCUCAUCCGCGUCUGUUUUGGCAGCCGUCUUCAUCUGCAUGAUCGGUGUCGGUGUUUCUGAUAAGGAUGUCUCUCUUCGCAUCUUCAACUCUGGAAUUAAACUGUAUGAGGGCUUUGGAGCUGUGACGAAUAUCAUUUUUGCCUAUGCUGGGCAUGUCGCCUUUUUCACCCUGUUCUCCGAGAUGAAGGAUCCGAAGGAGUUCCACAAGGCACUCUACACCCUUCAAAUCACCGACACGAUCCUUUAUACCGUCACCGCUGUCGUCAUCUACUGUUACACCGGCGACGACGUCAGAUCUCCCGCACUCGGGAGCACGGGCCCAUUGCUGGCAAAGAUCGCAUACGGCAUCGCCCUGCCGACCAUCGUCAUUGCCGGUGUCAUCAAUGGUCAUGUCGCCGUUAAAUACCUCUACAUCCGUCUGGUCCCAAGGGAGCUGGUCCGUUCGACUUGCUGGAAGUCAUACUCCAUCUGGGUCGCUAUUCUUUCCGCUCUCUGGCUCGUGGCCUGGAUCAUCGCCAGCGCCAUUCCCGUGUUCAACAAUCUGUUGGGCUUGAUCAGCGCGCUCUUCCUCUCGUGGUUCACCUACGGCGUCAGCGGAUAUCUCUGGCUCUUUAUGAACAGGGGCAAUUGGUUCAAGACAAAGUGGAACACAAUGUUGACCAUCCUCAAUGCUGCCAUCAUUCCCCUAGGUGUAACCAUCAUGAUUCUCGGACUCUACUCUUCCGGGGAAGCUAUGAAGCGCGAAGCCGGAGGAAUGGUCUUCUCCUGUGCGGACAAUUCCCUGAUCUGA